AUGGACACCUUUCGACGUAUCAAUACCGACUUUGAUUACCGCACCGCAGUCAUCUUCGAGGAGCAGACGAAGAAGAAGGAUUGCGUCGUAUUUCGUGGUGCUGGAGUAGUGGGGGUGACGGGAAUAUCUGAAGCGCUGGUCAGUGUAGCCCAUGUCAAUGGCUGGGCUGAACGCUUUCUGUCGGAGCAGGACGCGUUUCUGGCCCUCGCGGCUUAUUUCCGCGACGGUGGGCGUCUCCAGCUAGUCCCAGAUGGAAACCCCGAUACACGCUCUAUGGCUGAAGGCGUCAUCCGCACGCAGAUCGAAGGCCGCAUUGUCCCUAAUGGGGAAGGCCGCGUCGACGUUCUCGAGCCCGAUAUCGUGCGCGCUGAAUCCCCUAAAGGAGCUCGUGACGUUCUCGUUAACCCGUCUAUCCUAUAUGAAGAGCUGGAAGAGGACGACAUCGAGCAGGAGCUCAACAUCGAAGAGCUCGAUGACGAGCACUUCCUGACCGAGUUUGGCCUCAGCAUCGCUCGGUGCAAGAAGUUUGCGUACGACCUUCACCUCGGCAUGCAGGCUCCCAUGCUUAUGAUGGCUGUUCACCCCCGCUGGGCUCCAGACAAGGGCUGGAUUCCAGCAACCAACUUCACGCCUCCGGCUGGCUCCUCGCGCGACUGGCUCCCCACACCCGGAGAUCUGGCAUACAUUGCAAGGCACGAUGGGCCUUGGUACGUUACUAUCCGUGGCUCGUCGCUCGGUGUAUUCCCGUCGAGCCGUGUUCUUCGUCGAGUAAAUCGUCUCGCCAGCCCACACAUCAUCAUGUCGUCCUGUCGUAGCUACAAGGUCGCUCUCGAUCAAUGGCACGACUUCGUCAAGGAUGGCCGUCUUUCCUGGGUCGAGGUCGCAGUGCUCCCGGACAAGGACGGCUAA